GACGACCUCUUCACGUCGGAGCAGCAUUCGUUUCGGUCCAGCGUAGUCGCCGUGCUACCUGAGGUCGAAGGCUACUGUAAUUGAAGAAUGCUUAUAGAAGCAGACACCCCAAUCCAUGACGCCUGUGCCCUAGCUUGACUAUAUUUCCCACGCAUACGCUAGUGCAGUUGCAGGUCUGAAUUUCCCGAUGCGGAUGUGUUCAACAAGCAACCAACGUCACCGCGCCGAGUACCUCACUGAUGUAGCGGAGUAGCUCGAAGACGGUAUUACUUAAGAAGGCGUGGUGUCCUUCUUCUUUCGUAAACUAUAAGUUCUUCCUCCUCCCGACUCACUCCCACCACCAACUCUCCCCACUUUUUCACUAUGCCCAACACCUCCUCCAAGCUCCUCUUCCUCAGGAGAAAGUCCGCAACGGCCAGCCGCUACUCCUCCUCAGACGAAAGGUACGAAGAAACCAUCCGCCUCAUCCCCGUACCGAGAAACCUCCCAGAUCCCGACAGCCCGGAGGUCUUCACCACCCUCCUCGACAAGAAUAUCGCAGGGGAAUCGAUCUUCACCAUCUUCACACGCAAACGCUCAUCGAAACGCCAGGAAAGGAUGACGACUGUUAUCACGGAGAGGGAUAUCACCGACUGCGUCGAUGCCGGGCUCCUCGAAGAAAAGUCGGAGAUUAUGGCCGGGAACAAUACGCCCUUCCUCAACAGACGCAAGACGGCGAAGAAGUCGAAGAAGCUCAAGGUUGAGGAUGAGUACUUUACUGCUGAGCCAGCACCGACACGGUGUAACACCUUUGCCGUUACGGGUGUGCGGCCAACAAUGCUAAACGCCCCUGACCUUCGCGAGACGAAGGAGGAGCAAGUCGACCAUGGGAGCAAAGACAGGCCCAAGUUGCCUCGACGAGACGCGGCGAUGGACGUUAAAGACUUUGAAGAGUUCAGUGGUGUCGCUGAAUGGUACCAAAAGGAGUUGAGGGACUUGAUGUAA